CGUGCCAAGCGCAAAUGCCUCAACAAACCGUGUGAGCUCCGCAAAAUUGCAUCAAUUUAUAUCUGCAGUUUACUGCUAUUAAUAACAAUAAACUUCCUUGGAAAAUGGCCGACCUGGAGGAACUCAACCGCUGUCGGUUGUGCUCAUCGCAAAACAACCUGACCGACGUGUUCGGUACGGCGCCCAACGACGAACUGUUCCGGAUGAUUUAUGCGUGCACCUCGAUUCGGAUCACCUACGAGAAGGAUUUCCCCUGUGCGGUGUGCAGCAGCUGUAUCCGGAUCGUGAAUCAAUUCUACGCCUACCGGAAGAAGUGUUUGGAUCACGAUCGGCAGCUAAAACGGAUUCGAGGCGAAACGGACGAUGAUGAGGAUGACGGCGGCGAUGAGCUGAUGGACGACCCGUUGAAGACGAAUUCCAGUAAACGAAAGAUGCUCAGGAAAGCUCGUGAUCGGCAGUUUUACACAGAGGUCCGGAAGCACAUCCAGAGCUUCCUGAAAACGCAAGUCAAGGAAGUCGAGCGAAAGGCACUGGAGAAGGUCGAUGAAGCACUGAAGAAACGCAAGGGUAAAGGUGCUCCCGAAGACGUCCUGCUGCAGAUGACGGUGGAACCGACAGACGAGAUCGCCGAGGCACUUGAGUAUGAAGUUUUGAAUGAAGACGAGUCGGAUGAAUUCUCCCAGCAAGAGGAUAAGCAGGAUGAGAACGGAAUGAAUUACAAGCUGGAACUGGAAAGCGUUUACUUCGAAUCGUCGGAUCAAGAAGAUUUGGCAGAUAGUAGUUUUGCGGGUUUCGACGAACAGACGGAAUUGAAUGGAUCGCAGCGUUCUCCAGCGGGGGCAACGGCGGUUAGUAGAGGUGCUAGCAGAAAGAAGAGGAAACUGUCCUGCGAUGCCACAGCUGCUGAUGUAUCGAACCAAUCAAAGACGCUGGAAAAGCAGCUAACAGAGGCUCAGAAGAAAAUUGACACACUGAUGCAGCUCAACUUCGAUCUGGAACUCAAACGAUUGAGACUGGAGAAUGCUGGCGCUGCAGGAGUCGUUUCGACCCGCUUCACCGCCGAGGAGGACAUAAUGAUAAGCGUGCGCGAGUUGGAGGAAAUUAACGAACGAUCAUCGUCGGACAGCGUCUUCGUCGGGAUUCUCAUAACCCGGUUGGUCGAUCCGGAGAACCUGAAAAAUAUGAGCGUCACCGGUCAUGCGUCGCCUCGGUUUGCCAAGCUGAAGAAACCGGACGGUUCACCGCUCUAUCCGCCCACGGAGAAGAUCGAUCCGCGAAUUUUCGAUUUUAUUUGCAACAAGGUGGCUGAACGGACAGCAAUGAGAAUCGGACCGGACGACAUCCACACCAUCCGGAAGAACUCGGACGAGAGGAUCAUCAAACGAUUCAUAGCGCAGAAGAUUUCCAACCUGAAGAAAGCGGACAUUGCCAAGCGGUUCCGUGUGGAAGGCGAACCAGCAUGGACAGGAGAUACGGAGUAAUUCCUACAAUCAUUUUAUCCCUCAAAUACUAAUAUUACAUGUACCUAUUAAAGCA